AGGGAAGGUGGUGGAGUUUCCCUCAGUUUGCAGUGCGCGUUCUAGCAAUAAUAUUGUAUAUUCUCUCAGUUUCUGUAUGUUUCUCAAUAUACAAUUUUUAAGACACUCAGGCAUGAAGAAAUCAAGACACAACAAUGGCUCGGCUAAACGAUCGGUGAAAUCCAGCAGUCAACCUAAGACGGAAACCGCCCCACCGAAACUCGAUUCAGUAGAGGAAGAUGACCAAGGAUUCGGUGGUUGGCUCAGAUCGGAAGAAGGCGUGGAGAAUAUGAAACUGUUCGUUAUAGCCAACACCAUUGUUCUGCUAACUACGCUCGCCUAUCCUCACAUGCAACUGAUGUAUGAAAUCAUAUCGGAUGCUAUUUACGGCAUAGACGAAUAGUUUCAUUACAAGGAUAUAGAGGCAUAAACAUAUCAACACUACUACUAGGAUAAGGGAUUCUAAAUAGUUAUGGGAUGCACUGCUUUAGUACCUACUGAAGACGCUUUGAAUAGUUCCUCAUAAAUAAACUAGAUAACUUUAGCUUAUAGUACAUUAAUUAAAAUUAUUAUAAUAAAUAAUUUUAGUUUAUUUCAUUAUUGUUUCAAAUUAGGUACAUUUUUAUGUAACUUAAAUAUACAAAACACAAUUUAUACGAAUUUAAUAUUUAUGAGGAAUAUUAUAUAAGUAUUACUAUUUUAAAAUGAAAAUAGAAUAAAAAGAUAGGCAAGCGUGUUAUAGAAUUAAAAUAUCAUGUCACUUUUAUAUUUGCUGAAAAGAAACAAUUUUCUUGGAACCUUUUUAUAAGGUCAGCCCAAGUUUUCACGUACUAAGUACCAUUUGUAUUGCCUUUAAAUACCUAUUGUUAAAUUGUGUUGUCCCAGCGUAAAAUGUAUAAGACAAUGUCUUCACGCGCCAGUAUUUAGAAUAUUUUUCUUAGAAUAACCGGGAAAGUAAGAUAGAAAAUCUAUUAUAAUAUUAUUACGACAAAAGCUACUAAUAAAAAAUGUAAAAGUUUUUCGUCCGAUAACCAUUGGACCGAUUGAGAAAAACUUUGACAGUUGAAAAGAAGUUAGGACUUAAAUAUUGUUCCUACUUUUAGCAAAAUCGGUCCACUUUUACCCAAUAUACUUGGAAGCUUAUAUAAGGGCAAAAUUGAGAGGAAAACUGGUGUACU